AUGCUGGUAUCAUCAUUAAUAUCGUUCUUGGUUGUUUGCCUCGCUGAGGCGGCCCAGCUUGGAUCAGUACAAGUGGAAUACAUCAAGGAUUUGCCAGCAGAAUGGACACUAGCCCGUCCUGCAGAUCCUGACCAUAAGUUCCAACUGUCCAUCGCCAUAGACAGGAGCCUUCAUGUCGAGUGGGCCCUCUACAGCGUAUCGACUCCCGGGCAUGAUUCCUACGGCAGACAUCUGUCAAGAGAAGAGGCUCAAGCUCUUCUCAAACCUGAUGAUGGAUCCCGCGACAUGAUAGUAGACUGGCUAGUCAAGCAAGGGAACGCAAAUCCGUCAGACAUCGUUGACGACAAUCACUGGAUCCGACUUACGACAACGGUAGAAAACGCUAACAGAAUGCUGGAUGCGGAAUUUUCUUGGUUCCGAAAUAUCAACAGUGGAAAAGAAGUUUUGAGAACUCUUCAAUACUCGCUUCCCGGAGAUUUGAUGAACAAGAUUUCGCUUAUCACUCCAACGACGAGAUUCUGCUCUCACCCAAUGAUGCACCAAGAGCCGGCUUCAUCUUCGAAUAACGACAAGGCUAUCAUCGAGGAGCUUCGCAAGCACAAGAGGUCUUUCUCAGGUGUGACUGCUGAGCCUCUGUGGAGGUCCGCGGCAGCAGUGGUUCCUCUUGCUCCUAUUUCACGGGCGCAAGUCGAUGCAACUUGUAACCGAACUGUCACUCCCAAUUGUAUCAGAGCUCUUUACAACGUCCCUCAAAACAUCUCGGUCAGCCAAGCACGGGGACUGGGUGUAUACGCGUCGCAGAAUCAGGUGGCAAAGUUCGCAGACUUUGCUCUCUUCGCCCAGAACAUUGAUCCUCCAUCAACAGGUGUCAACUUCUCCUUUCUCAGUAUCAACGGAGGAGUCACAAGCCAAGAACAGAAUCAGUUUUCAAACGCCGAGCUGAACUUCGACGUCCAAUACACCGCUGCGCUGUCUAAUCCGGUUCCCAACAUCGUUACUGCUGUAGCCGGAGAUGGUCCCAUUCAGCUAGAGCUGGGAGGCACUCCUGGAGACACGACCGAACCCUGGCUGAUUUGGCUUGAUGCGAUGCUCAAGUUGCCGGACGACAAGCUACCGCAUACAAUCACUACUAGCUUUGGCGAGAACGAACAGUCGCUUCCAGAUGGCUACGUCCAACAAGUUUGCAACCAGUUUGGCGCUCUCGGUGCCAGGGGCGUUACAAUGUUUGCUGCGUCGGGUGACUCCGGACCCGGUAACACGUGCGUUACGAACGAUGGCACCAAUAGUACACGUUUCAACGCCGUGUUCCCAGCGUCUUGCCCAUUUGUUACUGGCGUCGGCGGUGUCAAGGGCGUCGCUCCAGAGCGCGCGAGUGACUUUUCGAGUGGUGGGUUCUCGGACAAGUUUGCUAGGCCGGCAUAUCAAGACCAAGCUGUGCCACCAUAUGUUACGGGCACCAUCGGCAACCAGUUCCAGGGCCUGUUUAAUGCAUCAGGCAGAGGUUUCCCUGACGUUAGCGCUCAGAGCUUCAACGCUACGUUCGUCUCCGGAGGCCAGUUAGGCGGUUUUCAAGGCACGAGUGCUGCGGCGCCAAUUUGGGCGGGCAUGAUGGGAAUGGUUAAUGCGGCGCUCAUACAGGCGGGCAAACCCCCGAUGGGAUUUAUAAACCCUUGGCUCUACAGUGGUGGUUUGCAAGCUAUGAAUGAUGUGACAGUUGGCGCAUCUGUUGGCUGCACAGGCACCACUGCAUUCGGGACUCAAAAGUUUCCGCCUCAGUUCGGAGCCAAACUGGUACCAAAUGCCAGUUGGCCAGCAGCAAAAGGCUGGGAUGCUGUUACAGGCUUAGGAACUCCGGAUGUUGGUAAGAUUCUGGCGUUGAGAAUGAAGAUGUAA